AAUCUCAUCGCAAAAAGUAAAAGUCACUCUGCCAUUGUUGCGUCAGCACCAGCACCACCAACUGGCGGCUUAGCCAUCGGCAUUGGCCCUCAACUGCCACCAAUUGGUAGCAGCGGUUUCGUCAAGUUGCGGCAUGUAGACAAAGCACAAGAACAACAGCAACAACAACAACAAGAAGGAGCACCACACAAAUAUAGCGCUGAAUUGAAUCUCAGUGGCAUACCAAACGCACAAAGCGCACAAAAUUUACACCAACAAGAACAUCAACUCCUCCAAGCAGGCGCAGAAGAAGGUGAGGCCGCGCAAGCGCGUAAUCCCACCGCUUUACCGGCAUUCUUACAAGGCGGUCUCAGGCGUAGUUUGACGCAGGUCAUGGGUCCCGAUCAGCGCACAAUUGCAGUUGGCUGCAAGACGGGUUCGAUCGCAGAUCGGUUAGCGGCUUUACAAAAGAGCGGCGAGGACGAUUGGAAGAAAAGGAUAUCACGACGUGACGAAGUCGAUGAAAUACGACGCGAAAAUCUCGUCAAUGAAUCACUUUCUUUGGCACACUCACUCUCGGACAAGCCAUUGCCACCCUCUCCUCUUAUACCGACCUGCUUAGAAGGUGGCAAAGUUUCAGAUAGACUUGGCAAAUUGAAAACUUCUUCGGAGAAGUGGAAAGAUCGUAUAGAGCAAUCCGAUGCAUCCAAAUUCACGGUCGCUGGUCGCCUUCAGAAAAAAGCACAAUCGCCUAUCGAAUUACAGUUUGAACGGGGCCAAAAUGCCGAUCCCAAAAAAUGUCCCAUGCAUGUGGUACGCAGUGCUAAUCAACCACAACUUGGGCUCGCCAAGAGUCCAUCGAUGAUGGUUACAACCAAUACAAAUGGCGGCACUAACGGUACCAAUGGCCAUCACAGUUUCCUGCAACGCAGUCUGAGUGUAACGGCCGAACGGCCCAAUGGGGAGCCAUCAAAUUCCAGUUCUAAUUCUGACUCUGACACGGAUGGACGCUGUAAUGAAAAAGAAACCAAAAAUAAGGCGAACAUAAAAAGCGCAGCAGCAACAGCAACAGCAGCACUCGGCACGCGUGUUGCAGUGCCAAAGUUGGAUGAUGAGGAGACGUUCGAGAAAUUCUUUGCAUCAAAAAAGCAAACCCCAAUACAAAGAAGUGGUGUGGUUGGUGAGGAUGUCACAGUGAGCGAUUUGGAUUUUGAUAGCAUUAAAACGACGCAGCGUUUGGUUACAAAACGUACCAUACAGGGGCCGAGGGGCAGGCGAGCAGCACGCAAUCCGUUAAAGAGUUUGGCCGAACGUAGUGACAUCACUUCUGAGUAUACCGAAGUGAAGUCGGGCAUAGCAGAACGUGAAAUGCGGCGCAUAAAACUCGAGUCAUAUGGCCACCGCAGCAGCAACUUGGCAGCCGAAGCUAUCGCAGGUCUAGCUUCCGUUGAGGACUUCAAAUCAGUUGCGUUAAAGUCCUCUUCGCUGCCUCUCAACCAGAUGUGGGUGCCGUACAAAAAACUCAUGCUUCUGCAUGUCAAAGGACGCACACAUGUACAGACGCGUUUGGUCGAGCCCACCUAUAAGUCGGUCAAUCGCGGCGACUGUUUCAUACUGAUCAAUGGUGGACAGCUGUACCGUUACGUUGGGUCUUUCGCCAAUGUCAUCGAGAUUGCGCGCAGCAAGAAGAUAUGCGCCUAUAUUGUUGAGAAUAAAGAUCUCGGCUGCACAGCUACCGCUGAGGUAAUACUUACAGAUGGAAAGUUUUUAAAUGAAAUGCAUUGGAAGAUAUUUUGGGAACUGCUCGGCAAGCCGGAGGAUUAUCAAAUACCAGACUGUGGGCAUGCCGAUGAGGAUGAUCUUUUCGAAUCAAGUCUCAUUGAGACGAAUAAAAUCUAUGAAUUCCAAGAUGACUCCUUGAUUCCGAUGGAAAAAUACUGGGGUUGCAUACCUAAAGUUGAGAUGCUCGAUCCCAAUAAGGUAAUCAUAUUCGAUUUUGGUAGCGAAAUGUAUGUUUGGAAUGGUAAAACGGCGCCAACAGACGCCAAAAGAGCCGCCAUAAAGCUAGCGCAGGAACAUUUCGAUACGGGUACUGUGGACUACUCGAGCUGCUAUGUGAAUCCCGUCAACUAUGCUGCGAUUGUUGGUAGUCGUGAUUCUUAUAAAUUUUUGCGGCGUUGCGAGAAACGCGACAAUUGGUGUAUACUCGGCAAAAUUACACAAAAUAUGGAAACGUCACUGUUUAAAGAGAAGUUCUCCGAUUGGCCGGAAGUAGAGCGUGAAGACCUGGAAAAGGAUUAUCUGGUGAAUGGUGUGCACGCUGUGAAAGCGCUCGAUGGUCAAGCGCUCUACAAAGGCGAACCCUACCUGGAGCCCAAUUUAGUGUUGGAGAACGCUAACUUGGGACGUGGCAACUUCUACUAUGACAACGAUAGUAUGCGUCACUUCGAUGUCAUCACAAAAUCCAUCGACAAAUGGCAGAUACAUGAAUUCAAUUUCGAUAACGCAAAAUCCAGUAGCUAUGGUCACUUCUACUCCACCGAAAGUUAUAUUGUGCGUUGGAUGUAUCAGAUCUCGGUUACGGUGCGCGAGUUGAGUGGUAAAAUAUCCAACCGCGCCACAGUAGGACGUGAUCGUUGCGUAUAUUUCUGCUGGCAGGGCAACGACUCUAGCGCAAAUGAAAAGGGGGCCGCUGCUUUGCUCACUGUAGAACUGGACAAGGAGAAGGGUGCACAAAAGCGCGUGGCACAGGGCGAUGAAACACCGGCUUUCAUACGUCUCUUCAAGCUGCUAUUCCAACACAGAGGACGCAAGGAAGACUGCUUGCGGCGUCGCAACACUUGGCGUCUCUACCAGCUAACCGGCAAUGUACCAGAAGAGACGCUCCUCGCUGAGGUUGACUGUCAUGCACGUCAGUUGCGUUCACGCGCUUCUAUGCUGCUUAUUCACGGCGAUAAGGGUGUAAUCUAUGUGUGGCAUGGGUGCAAAAGCGCUAAGCAUACACGUGAAAUGGCUGAACUGUCGGCGGAGCAUUUGAGGUCAGAGAAACCGGAAGAUAUGUUUGUGUCUAAUGUAAAGGAGGUACAGGUGGAGAUGGUGGAAGAAGGCAGUGAAGGCGACGAGUUCGCGCAGUCGUUGAUUGGUUUUGAUAGCGCCGCUUAUCACAGUUUACUCAAAGAGACAACCAAAGAUUUUGCAUAUACACCGCGUCUCUUCCAAUUUUCCAGCACUCAAGGCGUGUUUAGUGCGACGGAGCUACAAUACGCGCUGCGUUGCAAGGACUUGCACAGCCCGUAUCCUUUCACACAGGCGCAACUGUACAAUACACGACAACCGACGAUUUUCAUGUUGGACGAUGGUGAUAAGAUAUGGUUGUGGAUGGGCUGGUGGCCCCUGGAAGAUCUCAAAAUUACGACCGAGGAGCGCAGCAGUCCGACUAACGAGAAUCGCGCUGGCGUGAAUCGUUGGAUCUCGGAGCGACGCGCUGCUUUAGAGACAGCUGUCUCAUACUGGUGCGCGAAAUUCGGUGAAAAUAGCGAAAAGGACUUCCAUGACAUUAAAGGCUAUGUUGUGUGGGCCGGCCUGGAGCCGCUGGCUUUUAAAGCUCUUUUCCCGGAUUGGAUCGAGCAUGAGGAUGUCAAAGAAAUCAACAUGCAGGAUGGCCGCACCGAUGAGCCCACUCCCGUCACUGAUGUUUUGAAAGAACUUACGCAAACAGAAUACCCGCUAGCCAUAUUGAAGGGACGUCCACUGCCCGAGGGUGUUGAUCCGACGCGCUUAGAAUUGUAUCUGAAUGCCGAGGACUUCCAGUCGGCGCUUGGCAUGACUACCACCGAAUUCGAACAGAUGCCAUUAUGGAAGCAAACCAAUCUGAAGAAGGAGCGGGGCUUGUUUUAGAUAUAUUUACUUAAAUUUUAACUAUACAAAAACAAAAAAAAAAAAAACAGAAACAGAAACAUAAACUUAAAAAGAAGAACAAUAAGUGAAUACUUAAAGACUAGAAAAGGAAAAUAUACUAAAAACACAAAACAAAAACAAAAAAAGGGAAAACAGUUUUAUAUUCUAAAAUAUUUGCUUGCGCAAACGCUUUUACGCGUCUAAUUCUAAAUUUUGUAAUGCAAUAAGCAGACGCGCACGCAGUCGCACAUGAAAGCACACACACAAUCAUUUUUGAUAUAUGCAUAUACAUAUACAUAUGUACAUAUACAACAAACAAAAAAUAUUUAUUAGCUUUUUACAUAUUUUAUAAACAUAUAUACAUAUGUACAUGCAUACAUACAUACAUAUGCGUAUACAUGCGCACGAUUGAUUCUAUGGUAAUUAAUAUAGGCCUCCUCAUCUACGUACAUAAUUAAAAAAUAUACUCGUAUUUAUAUUAUAACAAAAUCGUAUAAAAAAUGUGUAUGCACUUACAAAUACAUAUGAACUAGCUUACACACACACACACACACACACACGCGCGCGCGUAUGUGAACACAUAUCUGCAGCCAUGCGCACGCACUGCACUGGCUUUUUUGAUAAAAUUUUACAUAGGCAAUGUGCACACACACAUACAUAUAUAAAUUUUCGAGCAGUAGCUAUUUUACAUAAAUACGUAAGCUGCUAAAAUGAAGCCAUAAAAAGUUCAAGCAAAGAAAAAAUUGACACUAAACAAACUGAUUUAUCUGCUGCCAUCAGUUAGAUCGUCCCCUUAGUAUAAUAAUAGCCUAUGUGCUCAUAGGCUAUUAUUUUUUUUAUUGAAUUUUUGGAUUCCCCAUCGUCGAUUUUAUACGUGGUCAAAAUUUUGUCAAAUUCUAGUUCCACAAAGUGGCUCAAAACGUCAGUCAAAAAAUGAUAAAUAUUUACAGACAUAACGAGAUUUGAGUGAGAGCUACUUUCGACAAAAAGUUUGAAAUUCAUUUUCUCAAAACAUCAAAAAAUUUAUAGGCUAUUUUAAUACUAAGGGGACGAG